CGAGGGGCUGGGGCAGCAGCCGCGGCCGGCGAGCCUCACCCGGAGGUGCCUAGCCUGGGGAGCCAGGAUGAGGAAAAGCCGGGUGCAACGGAUGGUGCUGGCCACAUGUCUGGGCUCCCUGCUCCUAGUCAUUUUCUACUUCCAGAGCGGCCCCAGCCCGGUUGCUGAGGACAGGAUCUUGAGCUCCAGCUGGCUUGGCAAGACAGGGAGAAGUCCACUUCAGGCACUUUAUGACAAUGACCAGCUCCAACACUCCCCCCUCCACCUGGUCCACCAAAGACGGAGGGAGCUCCUGAGUCAAAUGUGCAACCUCUAUACCCGUAAGCGACGCCUGCUGAGCCCUGAGGACUUGCGCCACCUGGUAGUGGACGAUGAGCAUGGCUUGCUGUACUGCUAUGUCCCCAAAGUAGCCUGUACCAAUUGGAAGCGAGUGAUGAUGGUACUCACGGGAGGCAGUAAGUACCGAGACCCACUGGAAAUCCCAGCACAUGAGGCCCAUGUGCCGACCAACCUUAAGACACUAGCGGACUACAGCCCCGCUGAGAUUAACCGGCGGCUGCGGGCCUACCUCAAGUUCCUGUUUGUUCGGGAACCCUUUGAACGGUUGGUCUCAGCUUAUCGUAACAAGUUUACCCGCAGCUACAACACAGCCUUCCACAGGCGAUAUGGCACCAAAAUCAUCCAGCGCCAUCGGCAGCAUCCCAGCCCUGAGGCUCUGGCUCGGGGGAAUGAUGUCCGCUUUGAGGAAUUCCUCUAUUACCUGAUAGACCCCCACACCCGGAAGGAAGAACCAUUCAACGAGCACUGGGAGCGGGCACACUCCCUCUGCCACCCUUGCCUGGUCCACUAUGAUGUUGUAGGCAAGUAUGAGACCCUGGAAGAGGAUGCCGCCUACGUGCUGGGCCUCAUCGGUGCUGACCAAGCUGGCUUACACUUCCCAUCCUCGUCCAAGAUCACUCGCACCACAGACGGUGAGACAGCCCGCUUCUUCAAGGGAAUCAGUCCCUUCUACCAAAGAAGACUCUUUAAUUUAUACAAGAUGGACUACCUCCUGUUCAACUACUCCAUCCCUUCCUAUUUGCAGCUCCGGUAACAGCCAGGGAGGUGGCUGGGGCUCGGGUGGGAGGUCUGGUGUUUGCCUCUCAGUCAUCACUUAUAGACUGCCAGGUCUUGUUGGUUCGGCCACGUCUCCCCUCUUACCUGCUGCUGUUUUCCACUCCUUUCCAUGCUCGUGCCAUGAACUGUCUCCCCAGUGACCAAGGGAGACCAAGACACAGAGUUCCUAUUGAAUGAUGAGAGGGAGGAAAUCACUAGGGCAUAGAUCACCCACCCACCAGCAUCCCUUCUUCCAAACUGAGCAUUAGGGGUUAAGUAUGGCCACGUCUCCUGUAGCCACUCAGUGGCCUGGCUGCAGACCUUAAUCCUGGAGCCCCCAUCAUGAGUGCAGAGGGUUCAUGGUUGGGGUUUGCUUGGAAGGUACCCCCCUUCCGUCUACACUGCCACCCCUCCCUUGCCAUCUCUGCCCCCCAACUCUAGUCAAUCUGAUGAUUUUCUGGCCUUCUUUCUGCUGGUUGGGUUAUAGGUGAUGGAACUGAAGAUUGCAAUACUGGGACAGGUUUUUUUCUUUCUAAGAUGCCCUAAGGUGCUGGAGUAACUCUUUUAAACAAAAGUAAAUUUAUUUCUUUAC